AGGGCGCGUACACAUAGAACAUCCGUUUUACAGGAUCCUUUUUAACUGAUCCGUCGUUACUGGAGGUAAUAUUCACACAGCAUUUACAGGACCGAUUUUAACAGAUCCGACGCUACUGGAGGUAAUAUUCACACAGCAUUUACAGGACCGAUUUUAACAGAUCCGACGCUACUGGAGGUAAUAUUCACACAGCAUUUACAGGACCGAUUUUAACAGAUCCGACGCUACUGGACUUUCGUUCUUCAGUGUAUCGCCUACUUUCUACGAGAAUGGACGUUGUCGUGUUGUAUUGGUACUAUCGUCGUCUGCGGCGGAGGAAGCCCCGGCGUUAUUGGAUACAUCCACUAUUAAGGCAAAGAUUUUGUCCUGGUGCUGUUGUGCGUCAGCUGAAAGAAGACGAAUCUAAAUUUUUUACUUAUUUCCGAAUGACGACGUCUACUUUUGAUGACCUUCUUAAACGAUUAGAAAAGGAUUUAAAAAAGAAAGACACAAACUGGAGGAAAAGCUUGUGCCCUGAAGUAAAACUAGCGAUAUUUUUAAGGUAUGCAGCGUCUGGGUGUACAUUUCAAGAACUUCAUUACGUCUUUCGUGUCGGUGUGUCAACUAUAAGCAACAUUAUUAAGGAAGUUACACGAUGCAUAUGGAACAACUUGAAUGACGAGUUUAUGCGACUUCCUACAACAGUGAGUGAAUGGGAGCAUAUAUCAAAUGGAUUCGACACAAAAGCAAAUUUUCCCCACUGUUUAGGAGCAGUGGACGGUAAACACAUCAGACUUCGAAAACCAGCAAAAAGUGGCUCAAUGUACCUAAAUUACAAAGACUUUUUUUCCAUCAUAUUAUUAGCGAUCGUAGACUCUGACUAUCGUUUUCUAUAUGUUAGUAUUGGGUCGUAUGGAAAAGAAUGCGAUUCAUCAAUAUUCAAGGAGUCGACAUUUUGGAAAAUGAUGCUAGAUGGCAGUUUACAAAUACCAGAACCUUGCCCAUUAAUAACAGGCUCAGAAACGAGAGUUCCCUACGUCAUAAUCGGCGAUGAAGGUUUCGGUUUACACGAAAAUUUAAUGAGGCCAUUUAGCGGGACGCAUUUAGACGUAAAUAAGCGAAUAUAUAACUAUCGUUUGACCAGAGCUAGACGAUACGUUGAAUGUGCAUUUGGUAUUCUUGCUAAUAAGUGGAGAGUAUUCCACCGGCCUCUAGACGUCAACAAAACAACAGCUAUAUGGAUAGUUAAGGCAUGUACCGUUCUACACAACUUUAUAAGGGAAAAAGAGGGCUUAAAGGAUGGCAACACAUCCGAAUCUGAAGCAUUUCAUUUCAAUAGCCUACCUGAUGAUGAAACGCUACGAGGUGGUCGAACUGCAAAUUCAGUUCGAACGGAAUUCGAAAACUAUUUCGUGUCCGAAUCUGGGUCAGUUUCUUGGCAGAAUGAAGCUAUUUAAAAUAAAAAACAAUGUCUCCAUUACAAUAUAAAAUAAAUACUUACCAAAUU